GAAAAAUUGCUACGGUUUCAGAGAGGACGGUAUAUAAAGUUGAGAAAGUGGCGCAGGGGCCAGUGGCAGUGCCGCCGUGUCCGUGACUGUGUCUCGUGUGCCUUGUCUCACCUUAUCACUCCACAAUGAGAGUACUUGUGCUGCUGGCGACAGUAGGGGUAGCACUGUGCAGGCCUGAGCCUCCACUGUUCGGUGGAGGUCUGGCUCUGGACAGUUACGCUGCUCCCAUCAGUGGAGGCGGUGGAGGCGGCUACCCCAGCGGCCCUGCACCCGUGUACGGACCCCCACAGCAGGCGCCAGUCAUCCACAAGCACGUGUACGUGCACGUCCCGCCUCCAGAGCCCACGUACUACGCCCCUAAGCGCCCAGUGGCUCCUCCUCCACCCCAGAAACACUACAAGAUAGUGUUCAUCAAGGCGCCUACUCCUCCUCCCCCAACCGUCCCUGAUAUCCCUGUCAUCCCUCAGAACGAGCAGAAGACUCUCAUCUACGUGCUGGUGAAGAAGCCUGACGAGCAACCCGAGAUCACCAUCCCCACACCCGCACCCACGCAACCCAGCAAACCGGAGGUGUACUUCAUCCGGUACAAGACACAGAAACAGGAAGGAUACGCUCCAUCAGGCGUGCCACAGUCCGAGUACGGCGCCCCCGCGUCUGGACCCGCCGCCCCCGCCCCCCAGGACAGCUACGGCGCGCCGCCCCCACCCGCCCCCUCCGCUAGCUACGGUGCACCCAGUGGCUCCGGCUCCUACUGAUCCUGUAUAUAAUUGUUGUGUAAUGUUGUAAGAACCUCCCUCCUUCCCUUUCCCACGAUCUCAGCUGGUCGGAGGAUUGUUAUUGGAUUCAAUUCCUAAAUACCAAAUAACUUUCUGUAACAUAACGAGUUAUAAUUUUAAUUUAACACUGGUUGGUUUUGAAAUUAGUAUACCAAUGCGCAUAAAACGAAUAAGUCAUUCAUACAUAAUACAUUCAUCAUAUUGAAUAUAUUACAUUGUUACUAUUGAUCUAAAGUGAAAUUACGAAAAUUGAAAAUGAAAACGUUAAGUUGCAUUGAAAUCAAAACAAUGAACCCGUUAUAAUCUGAUUGCUGGACCAUUAGUGGUCAAAUGGAAGGUGCAGUCCAGUCGGACAGUGACGCGUGACUGCAGGAUCAGAUCUCCCAGGACUCGCCGCCUGGACUGGGAACACUGCACUGGCCGGACAAUAAGGAAAGCGGGCCUAUUGUUGCGGCCAAACAUUCCCAGGUGAAAGUCCUUCCGUUAUCCUUCCUCUCAUUCCUUCUUAAAUUCUUUUUUACUUUGUUUGUUUUUUAGUUGUACAGAAAAUGUUAUUUUUACUACGUAUGUAUUUUAUAAUA